CGAUUUUACAGACCCUCUGCGUCCUUUCCCUUGUUCCUUCUCUCCCUCUCCCGGUGUCCCGCACCCUCUCUCGGUGUCCCUUUCGUGCUCGGCCGCUCCCAUCCCCCCUUCCCCGGCCUCCCUCUCCCCGUGCUGGGCCGGGCCAUGCCCCCGGCCCGCCCCCGGCCCCGGUUGGGGCUGCCCCCUCCCCGGCCCCGGGCGUCCCGCCGCGGUCUCGCCUCCGCCCGGCUCUGGCCGUGCUGGCGGUGGCGCUGCUGGGCGGGCAUCAGUGCCUGGGGCUGGGGCGGCAUCGCCGCCCUUUGGCUCCGCCUGGCCCGAGCCCGGCCCCGGCCCCGGCCCCGGCCCCGGCCCCGCAGUGGGUUCCAGUCCCGGUCCCGGCGCCGGCUCCUCCCGGGGCCCGCGGAGGACACAGGCGGCGCGGCCGCUGCUGCCGCCUCCGCUGCGGCUUCCCCGGCCCGAGCUCCGCCGCUCGGCAGCGCGGCCGCCGGCCCCGAGCCGCCGGGGCCCGGGGCGGGUGGGGCUGCCCGGCCCGGGGCGCUCGGGGGGCGCUCGGGGGCCGCUGCUGGCCCCGGGCCGAGCGCUGACAGCCGCGUGUGGCCCGCAGGGAAGGCGCAGGAGGCCCUGCAGGAGCGCUACCGAGUGGGUUCGCUGCUGGGGCGCGGCGGAUUCGGCAGCGUCUGCUCGGGGACGCGGCUCUCGGACGGCGCCCCGGUGGCCAUCAAACGCGUGCCGCGGGAUCGCAUCCGGCACUGGGGCGAGCUGCCCGACGGCAGCAGCGCGCCCCUGGAGAUCGUGCUGCUGGCCAAGGUGUCGCCAGGCUGUGCUGGUGUCAUUCAGCUCCUGGAGUGGCUUGAGCUCCCCGACAGCUUCUUGCUGGUGCUGGAGCGUCCGGAGCGGUGCCAGGAGCUCUCGGGUGUCCUGGCGGAGCGGAGGUUCCUGCCGGAGGAGGAGGCGCGGGGGCUGUUCCGCCAGGUGCUGGAGGCCGUGCGGCACUGCACCAGCCGCGGGGUCCUGCACAGGGACAUCAAGCCCGAGAACAUCCUGCUCGACCUGGCCAGCGGGCAGCUGAAACUCAUCGACUUUGGCUGUGGCGCCUUCCUCCAAGACACAGCCUACACCCAGUUUGCAGGAACCCUGUCCUACAGCCCACCCGAGUGGAUCCACCACCAGCGCUACCACGGCGAGGCAGCGACGAUCUGGUCCCUGGGUCUCCUGCUGUACCAGCUGGUCAUGGGCAAGCACCCGUUCAGGAGGGGCCAGGAGAUCAUCUGGGGGCGCAUCUUGUUCUCACCACGGCUCUCUCAAGAGUGCCAGGAUGUCAUUAAGAGGUGUUUGUCCAUGCAGCCCUCGGACAGGCCAUCCUUAGAAGAGCUUUUCUGCCAUGCUUGGGUGCAGGGUGUUCCUCUGCCCUAGAAGAUGGGAGAGAUCCACGUGCACAGUUGGAUCCAGGGGCCUGGCAGGUACCAGCUCCACACAUCUCUUGGCAGUCAGUGGCAAAGCAAACCAGACUGGUUUUGUCCUGCCUGUGGCUCUGAGCAGGGGUCAGCAGAAGGGAACACGCAGCUCUUGGGCUGGAGCUGAGCUGGAGACCUGGUGUGGCAAGCACUGGUGGCCACCAUCCGCCCUGGCUUUGUUUGUCUGGUUCACUGACAGCUGGGGCCCUGGGCAGAGCCCUGAGAGCCCGGUCUGGCCCCAGGGAAGGAGAAGGAGCCCCUGGAGAAGCUGUACCAGGUGGGGCUGCUGCUGGAGACACCAAGGACAGCCUCAAGGAUGACAGUCUCUUCCUCGGCCUGGCCAGCUGAAGAUGAUGGACUUGGAUUCUGGCACCUUCUUCAAAAACACACUCUGCGCCCAAUUUGCAGGUGAGUCCAGAGCCAGGGGGAUUCUCCCAGGUCUGGGCAUGGCAUGGCCUGGCCGGGCACCAAAGCACACCUGGCUGGGCACCCCUUUGUUGGGGCAGACGCAAUGAAUUCUUCAUUUGGCUGCCCAGCUGCUUUUGGCUCUGGGCAGCUGCUGAGGGCUGGAUGUGCCGUGGCUGGCUGCAGGCUGGGCACGUGUCCUGCCCUCCUGCUCUGCUCCCAGAGGCAGCAGUGCUGGGCAGCUCUGGGCACAGCUCUGGGCACAGCUCUGAGCACAGCCAGCAUGGCCUGGGCACCGCGGGCGUUGGGACAAGGGGACAGGAGCCUUCAGCUGACGGGCGGUUUCUGGUUUCUCUCCUUGCAGCCGGGCUCUGCGGGUGCUGAGGCUGCUCUGGGCUCUGCCAGGGCUCUGCUGGGCUCAGCCCUGGGCACGGCUGGGCUGGCUCUGCCCUCACAUUGCUCUGACAGCUUUGCAUCAGACGAGCCCGUUCCGAGCACAGCGCCUGAGCUUUCUGCUUUGGCAGGGGAGUGAGACUCUCCUGCAGGCCCAGAGAUUGCAGCUGGGGACACACAUCCAAUUGGCAAGGACCCAAACUCUCCACAGUCCCAGCUGAACGCCUGCAUCUCCCCAGGAUGUUUUGUCUGUCGCACUCUUGAUUCCUUUUUGGCUGGAAUUGUGCAAUUGCCCUUUCUUCCUCCUCUAGAAGUGCCACGAGUGGGCCAAAGCUGGCGAGUGGGCCGUGUUCCUGAGGCAGUGCAGUCUGGAGCUGGUGGAUGGAGAAUUGCCCUUGUGCACUUCCAAACCAGAGCAAAAAGCUGAAACACAUCCUCUAAAAGGAAUGUGUUUUGCUCCUGGUUCUCAUGUGGAGCAGCUCCCUUCCCUCUGGCUGAGCUGCUCAGGCAGAGCCCGGCAGCUCCUGGCCCUGCAGGGCUGAGGCUUUUCCCCGUUGCUGGGCACAGACUGAUGGAGCAGCACUGCUGAACACGGGCACACAGAGGGACCAGGAGCAGCUGCCUUUGGCCACCUGAGGCUCCAAGGCCAAACUCUGAGCAGCCAGGGCUGGAAGAGACUCGCAGGCUCCCUGGAGGCUGUGCUGCCCCCCUUGUGCCCGGCCCAGCUUUGCUUGGGGCAGAGGGAGAACAAGGGGCAGCUCCCUCCCAGCCCCAGCCCAGGGACCCCUCUGGCCCCGGGGCUUGGGGCACUGUCAGCACCCACUGCUCCAGCCACCGCUUCUGCUGGCCCUGACAGCAGCACCCAAACUGGGGCUGAUCCCCAGGGAGCAGCAGCAGGGCCUGGAGCUGAUCCCUGACUCUGGGCCAGGGCUGCACAAAUGACCCCAGAGCAGCAGCAGCAGCACAUGGAGCUGACUUUGAGCACAGCCCCUGCCACUCUUGCCUGCCGUGUGCAGCGGUGUCACAGCAGCCUGAGGCACCUGGGAGCCCCCAGUGCCAGCAGGAACUUGAGAUGGCAGCCCUGGGCUCCUGGGGUUGUGCAAGGAGCGGAGCUGGGGACUCCCUGUCCAUGGGGAGCUUCCAGAUGGAAAAGGCUGCUGUGCCCAGGCAGCUCCAAGGGCAGAGAAAGGAGGGUCUCCACCGUGGAGCAGGAACAGCUGCUUCAUUGCACUCCUGCAGAAAGCUCUUGGCUGGUUCAGAGCGCUGAAAGCUGUGAAGGGCAGAGAGGAGGCCACACCAAACAAUGCUGCUGUUUCCACAGCCUCCCCUCUCCGUGUCCCAGAAGGAAUUGGAUGGACUGUGUUCUUCUCUCUGAGUCGUCUCGUUCAGCAGGAGCAGCUCAGCACCAGGAGCUGAAGGAGCUGAAGCCUCAGGCCACAAGAGCUGGGCAAGAGGAGACUUUCUGAGCAAAUGAAUGCUGCUGACAUGGACCUAGCUGAAUGCAGCAGAUAGAAUCCUGGAAUCACAGAAUCCUUUCUGUUGGAAAAGACCUCUGAGCUCAUCCAGUCCAGCUGGUCACCCAGCAGUGCCAAG